GUCUCGCUCGUCCUUCACGUCGGCCGUCGCACCUCUUCAUCGUUCCUGACCAUUCGACCACCUAGGUCCCAGAUCAAAAUUCCCAAACCCGACAAGUCGGCGCCAACUUUGCUCUCGCCUCGUUUGCAGUUUGCAGAAUCAAGGCCUGUUCCGCUUCCCUUCGUCGGCUUUGCACUCUCAUCCCACCCCAAAAUCACCAUUUUCUUUCCUUGCCGACGUCCUUUCACAUCCCUUCUCUUUCGCCACCGCCGCUGCCGCCCAAAGGCUCCGAAUCCUCGAGCACCAUCUCCGACGAAUUACCUCGAACCCCCCAGACGAAGCCCACAGAGCGCUAUCACGACGGCACCAUCCAAGCCGCUCGCUACUGCUACUACGGUCGAUUUUUCUUCUCGCCCCCCAUCCGUGUGGCUUUGCCGCUAUCGCAGCCUCGAGCACCACACAGACACCCCCCUCGAGCGCUGCUCACUCGACGCUACGCUGCUCGAAGUACACGCCCAUCCCAUCGAGCUACUAGCACGAGACGCACAGCCUUUCGACCCUCUCGCCCCCUCAUCGCCCAUGAUACAGCUCCUCCGAGUCGAUCCUUCGCCCAUCCAUCGUCGUGCUGCCGACGUUACGUUCAUGACCGGCGACCAAGUCGACGUUCUACUUGCUAGAUAGUUAUCCCGACAGCGUCCCGGGAAGAAAAAGAAAAAGAACGAAGCAAAAUCGAGGACGCCCUGCCCGUCAUGGCCGCCGUCGUGGAGGAUUACUUGGAAAGUCCCAUGGAUCAGGACGACGUCUUCCCUUGCAAAGGCUGUGGAGAGAUCCUGGAAGAGGGCAAAGCGUUCGAACUUGCCGGAAAUCGAUGGCAUCUGAACUGCUUCCGCUGCAACACUUGCGGCACCCUCCUCGACUCCGAUGCGAACCUGUUGCUCCUCGGCGAUGGCUCGCUCAUCUGCAAUAACUGCACUUAUAGCUGCAGUGCCUGCAACAACAAGAUUGAAGACCUCGCUAUCCUUACUGGCGACCAGGCCUUCUGCGCAACCUGUUUCCGCUGUCGCAACUGCAAGCGUAAGAUCGAGAACUUGCGAUACGCGCGGACGUCACAAGGCAUCUUCUGCAUGAGCUGUCAUGAGUCGCUUAUGGCACGGCGGAGGAAAAAAUCAAAGGCGGCAGCCCAGGCCAAGUCGAAGGAGAAGGAUGGAUCUCCUAUGAUUACGGACAAAUCGCUACCCGCUCUUCCGCCCAACGCCAUACCCCCCAAUGCUUUUCACGAUACCCGGGUUGACCCCGACUCCGACAAGGAGACACCGACUGAGUUGUCUCCCAGACCGCGCCCCGCCUACAGUAGGAACGACUCGUCGUCCAAGAACGGCGGCCGACCUACGCGCUCCCCUGAGCGUGCUUCUGAGUCGAAGGACAAUGGUUUGGGCUUGCCCUCGUCGAACUACCGCAACAACCGUAAUUCGACUAUGUACGCCCCGAGUGGCAGCAACAACAACGCCGAUGCCAAUGGCGGUGGCGACGACGGCUUUUUCAUCCCCGUUGCCCUGGAUCAUACGCCGGCUUCAAACGCAACCCCACGUUCAACCUCGGAGAACACGUCGAACGCGUCCAAGAAGCAAGACAAAGAGUACUUCAGCCUCCCUCGGGCCAGCAUCGACAAGAAGGGCGACUCGCAAUCCUCGACGCCCCAUAUUGCGUUCCAAGAAAAGGGUCGACAACCUUCGUCCGACUACGAGUCUGGGCCUGUCAAGCUGCCUCUGCGCAAGACGUCUAAAUCGUCGAGAAACGACAACCGGUCGUCAGUCAUGAACGACGAGAAGACGCAGAAAGUAACCUCUGGCAAGCUCUCGCCCGCAAUUGAUGAGUUUAAGCUGCAGGACGCGCCGAAGAGCAAAAAGCUCAUCAGUCCGAGGAGCGCCUCUCACUCGGCCGCCAUGACCCCUGAUAGUGGCAGCGCCAAGAGCAGCGAAGGUGUUCUGCGCAAAGAUAAUGAGCCAUUCCCGAGCUUGCCUUCGUCCGAUUCGCCUCCCCGCAUGGGCAGUGGUACAGCUCGAUCGUCCCAGGAUUCGAGACAGCGCGAAGAGGGCGAGGUGCGUCCCUCAAUGGACUCCAUCUCUUCCUCGCGAACAGACACGACGGCUGGCAAGUUAAUCCCCCGAAAGGAGCUGCCAUCCACACGCAGUGUGAACGGCAAGCCUGGAGGCUCUUUGAGUCGAUCCGCUACGCACGAUGAGACAAGCUCAUCGGGACUCUCCGCUGCGCGCCCGAACAUGACUGAGCACAAACUGAGCGAUACUUACAUGCAGCCUCGAGCACCUCCGCAACCGCCCGGCGUGUCCGCGAAUACUCCCAAACCUCCCGCAAAGGACGCAAAGGACCAGACGAACGUCAAUGAGGAAGGCAAGGUCUCACCCAAGCUACCCAGAUGGAGCGCGGGUGGCGAUUUCAGUAUGGAUGAGGACAUGGCCAGGAUCCUUGGCACUGACGAAGGUUCAUCAUCCAUCCUUCGCCGUGUGUCAAAUGCUGUUCGUCACGGACGCACCAACAGCACUGAAGGCGGCCAUCCUCAGCUUCCCCAGCAUCCUCACAGAGUGACUGGCCAUACGCGCAGUAUUAGCGAAACCACACGCGGCACAGCCUCACCUCGUUGGCCCAAGACGCCCAUCGCCGAGGAUCCCAACGGGCACGAGAUCAGUAGCCCCAUUUCCCUCCACUCGAGCGACGACCCAGCGUUCCUCAAGCGGCAGCUGCGUAGCUCAGAGAAUCGUGUAGCGGAACUAGAGAGACAGUUCACCACGGAGAAGGAUCUGAAGCGGCUGAACAAGACGCUCAUUGAGAAGCGCAAGACAGUCUCGGUACUGGACACACAGACUGAGAUUAUGAUUCGUCAGCUCGAGGUCUUAGCCGGAUACGUCGAACGCGCGAAGGAGACAAAGACACCUGUCGACCCGCGCGACCUGGAAGAUUCCGCCAUCAAGGAGUUUGUGCAGAAGCUUGACAAGGUCAAGCAGGCGAUGAGCGCAGCGAUCGAGCAACUCCACGCCGAGCGCGACGACCUGGUUGACGAGAAGAACCAAGCGGUCGCUGACAGGGACCGCGCCCUCUUGGAGUUUGAGCAGCUCUCGUCCAAAAACGCACAGCUCGCCGACAUGAACAACGACCUGACCCAUCAGAUCCAGGAGCGGUUCAAAUCCCAGAUUGGCGGUGACCUCAAGUCGCCGAACGGGCUAGGCAUCUACAGCCAGAGUAAAGUUUUCUCGUCGUCCCAGCUGAACCUGGUUGAUUCCGCCAGCAUGACGACGACUCUCGUUCAUGAGGCGGACGAGCCGGUGGUUGAGGCCAGGCCGACCGUGGUUGACAUUAGGAAGGGCCAGGUUAAGAAGUUCAAUUGGAAGAAGGGUUCAAAGGGCUUGGCGCAGAACGUGGCCAAGGGCGUCAACCGUGCCGUCGUCGCAUUCCAGCAGGAGCGCGAGCGCGGCCCGCACCAGGGCUUAACUGGCGACAACAUCGGCCUGCCGUACAACAUGACGGUUUCUCAAGUGGAAGCGCCUGUUGCCCCGGCCCCUGCGACUGCGCAGAAGGGCGCUCAGCAAGCAGCUGAUCGCCAGGGCUUCGGAUUCUUCAAGAAGGGCAAUAACCAGAAGUCCAUGUCCACGACCAAUGUUUCAACGCCCACCAUCGCAGAGGCGCCCACUAUCUUGUUUGGCUCCGAUCUAACCGAGAGAGCCGACUACGAGCGCCGCACCAUUCCAAGCGUAGUGACGCGUUGCAUUGAAGAGGUCGAGCUCCGUGGCAUGGAUAUUGAGGGCAUCUACCGAAAGACAGGCGGCAAUUCGCAGGUGAAGAUGAUACAGGAAGGAUUCGACAAGAGCGAGGAUUACGACAUUUCAGACCCAGGCCUUGACAUUACCGCGGUGACGAGCGUGCUCAAGCAAUACUUCAGAAAGCUCCCGAUGCCCCUGCUGACAUAUGAGGUGUACGACAGAGUCUUGGAGUCCAAUGCUCUCGCCGACCAGACCGAACGCUGCGACCAUCUUCGCAAGGUGUUUAGCACGAUGCCCCAGCGACACCGUGAUUGCCUCGAGUUUCUUAUGUUCCAUCUUGCGCGGGUGGCACAGCGAGAGCCUGAGAACUUGAUGUCGCCCAAGAACUUGGCGGUUGUUUUCGCUCCGACCAUCAUGCGAGACACCAGCCUGGAGCGAGAGAUGACCGACAUGCACGCCAAGAACCUGGCUGUGCAGUUUGUUAUUGAAAACAGUCAUACCAUCUUUACCGACUGAGAAACAAGCUCGCUUGGAUGGUUCAAACAGAUGUUGGAAACCCCUGUACAUAUCGACGCACCCACGACUUUACGCCUUCGAAAACUGUUUUCCUUCAAUGACCCCUGGUUCGGAGAGGCUCACACCCCCCGCUAACGGCCUAUGAUUCAACGCCAUUGGAAAUCCAGUGCUUUCGGAUGCUGAUCAUGACCGCCAGGUAAGGGCUUCAGCCCGGGCCAGGGAGGGAACCUUAAUGAUAUCCGAAAUUUUCUUGCUCCGGGGCACGAAAGGGAGUUGCCUGGUUCUCGAAGGCGGGUUUCGGGAAUCAGGAGGGGUGGGACGUGUUUUACUUUCGUUGCGAGCGCGCGCCUUUCACUCUCGUUGGGAGUGAUGAGAAUGCCUUGGUUUGUGGCGAAUUUUGUCUUUCAGCAGUAGAAAAGAUGUGGGCGAGGAGGGGGGGCGAGUUGAAUUUAUAUUCGACGACGAACGAGCACGCGGCUGAACAGUGGAAGAGCAUGCAUGGUACUUGCGCACAGAGAGCCAUUAAGGGAGGGUGCGCGGCUUCGAGUGAUGUUGUAAAUAUCUAGCGGACGGCUCGGCCGUCGAUUCCUUUCAAACGGGAAAAGAAUU